AUGAUUAAAACGUUUCGGAAAAGUAAAAGACUGUCGAGUAAUUCAAGUUCACCCAAGAAAACAAUAUCUCGAGUAUCAUCAACUUCUAGUAAUCAAACUUCUCAUGAUGGAAUGUUACAAUCACCUAAAAAAGUCAUUAAAGCUCUUUAUGAUUAUGAACCUCAAGGUCCUGGAGAAUUGAAAUUUUCUAAAGGGGAUUUUUUCCAUGUAUUAGAUGAUGUGGAUGAUGAAUUACAUAAAGAAGCUGAAGCCAAUGGAUGGAUAGAAGCAACAAACCCAAUGACUCAACUCAAGGGGAUGGUCCCUCUUAGUUAUUUUGAAGUAUUUGAUCGAUCUCGUCCUAUAAUGGGCACAAAUUUCAUUGAUAAUCAACAUCAUCAUCAACAACAACAACAACAACAGCAGGGAACAAUUAACAAUGGAGCAGGACAUCGAAAUUUACAACAAACAUUAUAUGCAGUUACAUUAUAUGAAUUUACUGCUGAACGAGAAGAUGAAUUAGAUGUAAUGCCUAAUGAAAAUUUAAUUAUUUGUGCUCAUCAUGAUUAUGAAUGGUUUAUUGCUAAACCAAUAAAUCGAUUAGGUGGUCCAGGUUUAGUUCCAGUAUCUUAUGUUAAAAUUAUUGAUCUUUUAAAUCCCAAUUCUCAUUAUACUUCAAUUGAUACAUCAAGGCGAUCACAAGUUGUUGAAGUGAUUAAUGCAUUUAAUAUACCGACAGUGGAACAAUGGAAAAAUCAAACUGCUAAAUAUCAAGCUUCAACUAUCCCUCUUGGAUCAAUAUCAGGAAGUGGUACCCCACCAACAUCUGCCAAUUCACAAUAUUUUGAUAAUCAUACUAUGACUUCCAAUCGAUCAUCUCUGGGUUCAUCAAUUUCUAUUAUUGAAGCUAGUGUUGAUUCAUAUCAAUUAGAUCAUGGUCGAUAUCAAUAUUCCAUUACGGCUCGAUUAAGUAAUGGGAGAAUAAGAUAUUUAUAUCGAUAUUAUCAAGAUUUUUAUGAUUUACAAGUUAAAUUAUUAGAAUUAUUCCCUUAUGAAGCGGGAAGAAUUGAAAAUUCUAAAAGAAUAAUUCCAUCUAUACCAGGACCUUUGAUUAAUGUAAAUGAUUCAAUAUCAAAAUUAAGAAGAGAAAAAUUGGAUUAUUAUUUAUCAAAUUUAAUUGCAUUACCUAAUCAUAUAUCUCGAUCGGAAGAAGUAUUAAAAUUAUUUGAUGUUUUAGAUAAUGGAUUUGAUCGAGAAACUGAUUCUAUUAAUAAACGAUUUUCUAAACCAAUUAGUCAAAAAUCAAAUUCUCAUCAAGAUAGAUUAUCUCAAUAUUCCAAUUUCAAUGUUUUGCAACAACAACAACAACAACAACAAUUAGCUAAUCAUUCACGAGGUUCUGAUAAUUCACCUACUAAUGAAUCAUCAGGUUCAAAUUUAGUUAAUUCUUCUCAUAAUGAUUCAUCAUUAUCAUCAUCACCACCACCACCGUCACAAACAGCAACUGCAACCAGUACAAUUGGAGGCGAAUCUUCAGCAAAACAACCAAAAGUUAAAGUGAAAUUUUAUUUUGAUGAUGAUAUAUUUGUAUUAUUAAUUCCAACUAAUUUACGAUUACAAGAUUUAAAAACAAAAUUAUUUAAACGAUUAGAAUUAGAUAUUAAUUAUAAAUAUGAAAAAAAAUUGGAUAAUAAAAAACUUUCAUCAGAAUCAAUUCAUUUAUUUUUGAAAAAUGAUUUUGAAGAUUUUUUAAUUGAAAAUAAUAGUGAUAGUAAUGGUAAUGGUAAUGGUAAUGAUAAUGAAAUUGAUUUAGAAGAUGAAAUUAAUAAAGAAAAAUUAGGAGAAUUUGAAGUUAAUGAUGAUGAAAAAUUCCAAAGUGUUUUAUUUGAUAAAUGUAAAUUAAUGGUUUUAGUAUAUUAA